UCCGAGACAAAGCUGCCUCCAAACGAGAGCUGCAGUCGUUGCGGCAGUCAUCAAUUCUUCAUCUGCACGCGCUAAAGUCGCAGCGCACCCGACUUGGCCUGGCCCGAUCCGAUACGAUACGAUUCGAUUCGACUCUUUCCUUGCAGCUAGAUCUAUUUUUUUCUGCUAUAAAUAUAGUUUUGUUUUUGUUUUUGUUUUUGCUUGUCGCUUUGUCGCCAAACUGGUGCGUGGCUGCGGCGCGCAUGCGUGCGAGCUUUUUGUGCGAGUAUUGGCCAACUGACCGAACGUAUAUAAGCGAUUAUAGGGCCGGGCUGGCCAACAGUCCAGUCCAGUCGGCCGCGCUGCCUUGCUCCACAUCCCCGAAUCGUUCCGAGCGUACCGAGCGUUCCGUUGCGUAUCAGUCCGUUUCGUGUCGCGGGUCUACAUCGAGUCCGUGGCGUGUUCUCGAGACUCCUAUUGAGUCUCCCCUCCGCGUGUGUGUUUGUGUGUGGCAGUACAUUUCGAUCUGACCAAAGGAUCAUUUAAAGGAUUGCAAGCUUAUAAAUUCUUUUUUGAAAAGUGCAAAUGUUGUGUCAUUGACAAAAGGAUCCACACAGUUUUUUCUUCGAUAAUCCAGAUCCAACGUUUUUAUUAGUGGAAAUAUGAAGUUCCAUCUGAUAGCAUUAUUGGGCUUACUCGGCUCCGUGCUGGCCGAUCCCUCAGCCCUGCCCUCACCCACACUGGCACCACCGCUGCCGCCCUGUGUGCAUGCUGCCACCUCCGGCUAUGCCUAUCCACCGCCGGCCGAGGUGAAGUUCUCCAUAUCGCCGGGCGUGACCAAGUACAGCCAGUCGCCGGCGAUUUCCACGUACUCCGAGAACGGCAAGCUUCUGCACACAUCGAUCGGCAGUUCGGGCUCCUCCUACGAGUCCAGCGCGGGACUUGUGGGCCUGUCGCAUGGCGGCCUCACCCAAAUCGACAAGUACAUAGCCCCAGUGCAGAAAACUUUGUUCUCGCCAUCGGGAGAGUACGGAGGAGCAGGAAUCACCUAUGCGGAAAAGUCACCAGCGGCCAAGUAUGCGACUGUGGUGCCAUCGGGCAUCGAGAUUAAGAAUCUGGUGUCUCCAGCACUGACCAAAACACUGCUGACGGCCCCCAGGCUGGAUCAUAGCUACCUGCCGCCAUCUCCCGGUCUGAGCAAGGUGGCCACGUACACCUCUCCCGGAUACAGCUACAGCUCGGCGACUCCCGGCAUCUCGAAGGUAGCCACCUACUCGUCCCCGGGUCCGUCCAGCGUGCCCUACUAUGCACCACCAGUGUCUAGCAAAGUGGAUACGUACAGUUCGCAGGCAUAUAGCUAUUCAAAGGCCAGUCCGGGCUACUCCAAAGUGGAGUCCUACAGCUCACCCGGCUACAGUUACGGCCAUCUCUCGCCCGGUCUCUCUAAGAUUGCAACCUACUCGCCCUCCGUCUCCUACGCAGCCCCGGCAGUAGCCAAGGUCUCGGCCUACGUCGCCCCAGCUGUUAAGCUGGCAACCACCUCAUCCCUGCUGUCAUCGCAUGGCACGGGCUAUUCCGCCAGCUAUGCGCCAGCCCUCACCAAGUACAGCCAGGCGGCGGAUGUUUCGCACCAGUUCAUCUCCAAGCCCAUCAGUGCCGCCUAUCCGGCAGCUGCUCCAGCCAUUGCCACUUAUGCCCCUGCUCCGACAGUCACCAAGAUCAUCGGCAGCUAUGGCGGAUCCGCAUCUGGUGGUGCUCUUUCGCAUCAGUACGUGUCCAAGCCAGCAGUGGCCACCUACUCCUCAGCUCCUGCCAUCGCCAAGGUUGCCACGUAUGCUGCUCCAGCCUUAGCCACGUACUCCUCAGGCCCUGCCAUCACCAAGCUAUCUUCGACCAGCUAUGGAGGCAGCGGUUCGGGAGCCGUUUCCCAUCAAUAUGUGUCCAAGCCGGCUGUGGCUACCUACUCCUCGGGUCCUGCCUAUGCUGCUCCUGCCGUUUCUAAGGUGGCCUACGCUGCUCCGGUUGUUUCAAGCUAUUCCUCCGGUCCGGUCGUGACCAAAGUGUCGACUGGCUAUGGCAGUCAUGGUGCAAGCUAUGGUGCAAGCGGCUCGGGAGCAAUUUCCCAUCAGUAUGUCUCUAAGCCGGCGGUGGCCACAUACUCCUCGGGUCCUGCCAUAGCCAAGGUAGCAACCUACGCGGCUCCUGCCCUCUCAAAGGUGGCCACAUAUGCUGCUCCUUCUAUUGCCACCUAUUCCUCAGGCCCCGCCCUCUCAAAAGUGGCAACCUACAGCCAGGCGGCAGAUGUUUCCCACCAGUACAUCUCGAAACCCAUUGUGGCUGCCUAUCCGGCUGCAGCUCCGGCGAUUGCCACAUACUCUGCAGCGCCAGCAGUCACGAAGAUCGUCGGCAGCUAUGGCGGAUCUGCAUCCGGUGGUGCUGUUUCCCAUCAGUACGUGUCCAAGCCAGCGCUUGUUGCUGCUCCUGCGGUGGCUAAGGUGGCCACAUAUGCUGCCCCUGCCGUUGCCACCUACUCGUCUGCACCAGUGGUAACCAAAGUCUCCACUGGCUAUGGCGGAGGAGGAAGUUAUGGGAGCUACGCUGGCAGCCAUUCAGGUGGAGCCGUAUCCCAUCAGUACGUGUCCAAGCCCGCAGUGGCAACCUAUUCCUCUGGUCCUGCCAUUGCCAAGAUAUCAACGUACGCUUCUCCCACCAUUUCAACUUACUCCUCGGCUCCCAGCCUCACCAAGAUUUCCACCAGCUACGGCAGCAGCGGCCACGGAGCCAGCUAUGCUCCUGCACUGUCCAAAACCUAUCUGCCAGCUGCUCCGGCCCUCUCUGUGCCAGCACUGUCCAAGACCUAUCUGCCAGCUGCUCCGGUUGCAGCGGUUUCCAGCUAUUCCUCAGGUCACGGCGGAAGCUAUUCAGGAAGCGGCUCAGGAGCCGUCUCCCAUCAGUACGUGUCCAAGCCCACGCUUGUUGCUGGUCCUGCCAUAGCAAAGGUGGCCAGCUAUGCCGCGCCAGCUGUGAGCCACAUCUCCACGGGUCCAGCACUGGUCAAGGUUGGCUCUCCCCAUGGCCUGGGCUUGGGUGUGGGCUACUCUGCUAGCGGACAUGGCGCUGUGUCCACCCAAUACGUAUCCAAGCCUGCAGGAGCUGCUCUUCUGGGUGCUCCCUUGACCUCUGGUCCGGCCUACGCUCUGGGUGGAAAGCUGGCCAGCAGCACAGCUUACGGCAUAAGUGCGGGCAAACUAGGACUCGGCUCGGGUCAUGAUGGUAGCUACUAUGGAGCCAUCUCCUUGGGUCACGCAGGCGUCUCCCCGGCCCUUAACUAUCAGGGACUUCUCACGCAUGGCGGUAGUCUGUCCCAUGGUGGUCUCGCUCAUGGUGGACUCUCCCAUGGCGGUAUUUCCCUAGGUGGCUUGGCUCACGGCGGUCUGUCGUACGCUCCAAUCACAUACUCCCAUUUGGACUCCUCGUUGAGUGGCUAUGACCAUGGCGUGGGUGGAAUUGGACCUUUGGGUGCCGGUUUCUAUCGCUAUGCUCCAAGUGUGCCCACGUUGAGUGCACAUGCCCCACUGCCGGCCACCGCGUAUCUGAAGUCGGCGCCCGUGGCCCAGCCAGCCCUGCUCAAGGUGGUGCCGGAGAAGCAUCUGGAACACUUUGAUGCACAUCCUCGCUAUGCCUUUGAGUAUGCCGUGAACGAUCCACAUACGGGCGACAAUAAGCAUCAGCGCGAGGAGCGUGAUGGGGACGUAGUCAAGGGCGAGUAUUCCUUGGUGGAACCCGAUGGCAAUGUGCGCACAGUCAAGUACUAUGCCGACUGGGAAACGGGCUUCCAUGCCGAGGUCAUCAACAGUCGCGAUCAGGGCAAAAUUGUGGCCAUGCGUCAGACGGCAGCCAAGUCGUGAGGUGAGCCCACAGCUCUACCCCAGUCACAAUAUUGUUUUGUUCGUUCAGCAACUGUAAAUAGCCUCAAAUUCAAUCUUCUUCUCAUUAAACAUUAAACGUAUUUAUGUAAAACUCCACAACGAUAACGAUAAACCACAACCACGAUGUCACACGGCCCGCCAUUUCUUGCCAUUCUUGCCAUUAUCUCUAUAUAUCCAUUUCCUGUCUAAUUACUGAUACCUGAUCCUGAUCCCUGUGCUCAUGUGAUAGGCGUUUCGUAUUUUAUUGAACUGCUUGCGCUGCUCUCUCAACCCUGAAUGCGCGUUUCUUAUGCCUAACUAUUUGUACAUACCUAAACGGAUUGAUUGUAUAUUGAUACAGAUAUAUAUAUUGUAAAAUGUUGACUUCAAAUAAACAAGAUUUAAGAACGCCACAGUCGAGAGUGAGUGCUCGACAA